AAGUGUCAAAAUCAAGACAACUAUCGUGUAAAAAUUUAAAUGUGCAAUAAUAAUAAAAUCACAAAAUAUAACUUCAUGCUUUUGGGGGACAUUUAAAUAACCUUUACCAAUGUUAUCAAGUGACUAUUAGCCUCUUGAUAACAUCAUAACAUUUACUCUAUCGUUUCUCUGGUAAAAACUAGGUGAAGCCAGAAGGACAUCAUUGAACAGUUUUGCAUGUAUUUUACAUAGAUGUAAAGAGUCCAAACAUCCCUCCCACGACAACUCACGAUUGUUGACGAGAGAGAAUUUGAGUAACAAAGUAGUUUGAAUGCUGCAUAACCUCAAGCAUUCAUACUCAGGCUAUUUGCUGGAGGACUUCAAACAAUCCUUUCACUUCACUUCUAAGCUACUUAACUCGGACCUUAUCACGAUGGAUGAGCUGGAUGAGACUCAGCUGAAGAAUCAUGUGGACAGUCUGAAGCAGCAGCUAAAGUUUAACAGAGAGAAAACAUCUGUCUCGAUUCCAGAAUUAAUUAAAUGGACUGAGGAGAAAAUGAAUGAGGAUCCAUUUCUGAAUCCAGAUAUACUGAAGGACAACCCGUGGGUGGAGUCAAGCAAAUGUGUUAUAACAUAGCGCAAGAGCUGUCACUCAUCACUAUGGCAACAAGAGUGACUCCACCCAUUC